CCAGUCGCAUGCUGCAGCCAAGCCCGGAUCAGUCACCGUAUAUGAAACCCCGCACGGAUCCCAGCGAUCCGAGAGCUCGUCUCCCAUCUUCUUCACCAUUGAAGCUUUCUCCUCUUCGAAUCAAUCCAAGCCUUCAGGAUGUACAGCAUUAGCAUUUUGCUGAUCUAUGCCCUCGUAGCAGAGGUAUUUCGACGAUGUUGUGUCAUUCUCCUGGGAGCAUUCACCGGCCCCCUCUCCAAAAUUCCAGGACCUAUGAUAGGCAAAUUUACCUCUUGGCCAUGGAUCAUACAAUGCGUCAAGGGCAAUCAGAUGAAUAUCGGACCAAGGUUAUUCAAGAAGUAUGGCGAUAUCGUCCGAGUUGGACCGGCAGAUAUCAUAUUCAGGGACAAGGCUACCAUUCAAAAGAUACUCAUAGAUGAUGACUUUCGAAAAUCUCGUGACUAUGAGUCUGCUAGAGAAGACCCAAAUGUCACCAGCUUGAUUACAGAAACAGACAAAGUGAAAUAUAAACAGAAGAGACGUCUCUUGUCUCCGGGAUUUUCGAUUACUUAUUUGAAUGGCUUAGAACCACUUAUGCAUGAAUGUCUCCAAGCGUUCACAAAAGUCCUCGACGCUAGGUGUAAGGACGAGGGAGGGUGUGCGACCGUGGACAUGAAUAGAGUGCUUGGGAAUCUGACAUCCGACGUCAUGAGCGCAGCAUCAUUUGGUGGAUCAUUCAACCUGGUGGAGUCCGAUGACAACACCCAAAAGAACAUUUUCACCUCAUAUCUGAAGCGGGUUGCUCUUGAUGCGCAAUUCCCGUUCAUCAAGUACUUGCCUGGCGUACCAUUAGCGAGUUCUCUGAUAUCUGGCCUAGUCGAGGAUAUUGUUUCCAAGCGUCGGAAGGAAAUUGAGGAGGGCAUCAUGAAAAAGGAUAUUCUCCAGAUCUUUAUAGACACGAACAACGCUGACCCGGUAUCCUUCACCGACAAGCACAUCCGAGCUGAGAUGAUUCUAUUCAUGAUCGCAGGAAGUGACACCACAAGUCUCACAGCUACAUUCACACUCCUCCUGCUACUCAACAAUCAAGAAAAGCUGAAGGAGUUAAUAUCUGAAAUCGACUCGACGUUUCCAUCACUCGAAGAUACGAUAACAUUCGCCAAAACGCAAGAUCUGCCGUACUUGAAUUCCGUCAUUAACGAGAGUAUGAGAAUCAUGCCAAUCGUCACUGCUGGCAUUGUAAGGCUCGUCCCAGAAACCACAAUACUUUGCGGCUUUGAAGUGCCCAAAGAUACAAUCGUCUCCGCAUGGAUCAAUGAAAUGCAACGAGAUUCCAGAAUAUGGCCUGACCCCGACACUUUCAUACCUGAAAGAUGGCUCGGUGAUUACAAAGGCGUUUCGGCAGAUCGCAAAGCAUUCCUGCCAUUCUCGGCUGGGUCAAGAAAUUGUAUUGGGCAGCAGUUCGCCUUAAAAGAGCUACGGCUCAUUCUUGCUACACUAAUACGGAGGUAUGAAUUGAGCUUGGUACAGGGACAAUCUCAUGAAUUGAGAGUUCAUACUGUGCCUUGGUUCAAGCAAGGAUUCUACAAGGUUCGAGUCAAGGUCAGGACCUGAUUACCUCGUGCUCUGAUAUGUCGUUCGGCUUUUGAGGAACUGUAUUCGGCGUGAAGAAAGCCACGAGAGGCACUUUUACCCCUUUUGCUAAGCGAGUUCAUCUUUUAGGCUUGGAGGUAUAAUUUAUAGGAAUUGAGCACGCUUGUAAGACGUCAG